GUUAAGCAAGCAAGAAGAAAAAGCUAGCAUUAGCUUGGUUUGUCUGUUGGACCAAUACAGCAUAAUCGUCCAUGAGUGUCCACAUCGCGAUGGCAGCCGUCUGGGUGGUUUGCUGACUGACAUGCUGACAUUAGCUCGUCUUUUCAGGGCAGUGACAUUAACCAAACGUGUCUGCAGCAGCGUUGACAAUAUGCCGAAAGGCGCCUUUUUCUACGCCGUGAGGAAAGGUUUGAAACCUGGAGUCUACAACUCCUGGGACGAAUGUAAGGCUCAAGUGGACAAAUUCCCUGCUGCUGCUUUCAAAAAGUUUGCAUCUGAGAAGGAAGCCUGGACCUUUGUUCGAGGAGUGGAACCGUCUGGAGAUCCUCACGUCAACAAAGUUGUGGAGUCAAACCUCUGUAUGCUUCCAAAGAAAGGACCCGAGCCUUUGGAGUACAUCCCACUUGGGAAAAAGAGAAGUCGUGUAGAAGAAGAGGAGGUGGUUCCGUGCAAACGGGUCAAAGAGACAGACAGUUCUUCUUCAGAUGGAUUCACAUACAUGGGCAACGCAGUGGUGGUGUACACCGACGGUUGCUGCACGUCCAACGGGAAGUUCGGCGCUCGAGCCGGCAUCGGAGUGUACUGGGGCCCCCAGCACCGCCUGAAUGUUGCCAAGCGGCUGCAGGGAAGACAAACUAACCAGCGUGCAGAAAUACAGGCAGCCUGCGAGGCGCUGCAACAAGCCAAAAAAGAAAACAUUGAGAAGCUGCUGGUCUACACAGAUAGCAUGUUCACAAUCAACGGCGUCACCAAGUGGGUGAAGAAUUGGAAGCUGAACGGAUGGAGGCUCAAGAGCGGCAGUCCUGUUGUCAACAAAGAUGACUUUGAAAAGCUGGACCGCCUCAACCAGGAGCUGGAGGUGGUCUGGAUGCACAUACCAGGUCAUGCAGGCUACAGCGGCAACGAGGAGGCUGACAGAUUGUCGAGAGAAGGAGCUGCCAAGUCCACAAACGAUGAUCUCUCUAAUGAUGACAAUGAUGACUGGUGAUCUCCACUCGGCACCACUCUUGUUUCUAACUUUUAGAUGUCUUUUUGUUUUCUUCUGGGUUGGACUGUUCACGCUGUGAACAUGACCUCUGUUAAUUAUUGUUUUUUCAAUAAAGUCCGUAUAUGCCUCA